AUGCCCGGUAUGAUACAGGAUAUCCCGAGCGAUAUCGCCGGAGGCCUUGGUCACCUUUCCGCUCCCUCUAUCGCCAUCUUCGUCAUUUGUACCGUCGUCGCUGGACUCGCUCGUUGCAUCAACUCUCUGCGCAACAACUUCUACAACGACGCAAAGGAUGUUUCAAGUGCGUGGGAGCAGGGCGUACAAGAGGCGCCCGAAGCGGAGGAGCCCAAGGUUGAGGAGCUCAAGACUGCCGCCAUCUGCGGCCCGGCCCCGUGUUCGUCUUCUGACCCAUCAACACUCUGCCACGGUGUCGAUACACCAUCUACACAGCUCCCCAAACUCGAAUCACCAGUUCCUUCCAUCGCCACUCGCGAGUGCCCCACGCUUGUACCGUCCGAAGAUCACAGCGCACUUACCCCCACUCCCAAGUUGCGAGUCCGAUUCGCGCCAUCGCGCUCCAUCGAAAUUAUCUCCCCAUACCCCAAUCUCGCCGAAUCUAAUGAAGUUUCCGCCGAUGAUAGACCUGGAUCCGCUGCAGGUGGUUUCGAUGCCGAUGAUGACGACGACGAUGUUGGCUACAAGCUGAUGUAUCUUCAAUCGAAGAGAGCACUCAGAGUGGCGUCUGGGUCUCUUCAUGUGCUCAAGCGGGAAAAGGCCAAAUCGGAUGUGAAGCUCGUACAGGCGCAAACGCGGAACACGGAACUGGAGGGUGAGAAUGAGAGACUUAAAGGCGGCAAUGAGAAUCUCGAGAGCGACAACAGGAAGCUCCACGAAGCGCUUGUCUCCGCUGCUGGAGGUCUCGAAACCGCCGAGAAGACGGACACUAUCCUUCGUCGCGUGAACAGGACCUUGAGGAAGGAAUCCGAGGACGCCAAGACUCUGUCUGUACGUCAAGAGAGGACCAACGCGGGCCUGGUACAGGCGAUUAGAGCGCGCGACGCAGAAACUGAGCGCCUACGAACGGAGCGACUUCGGUUGGAUGAGGAAUACACGUACGCUAAGUUUCAGGCCGAACGUCAAGAGAGGAUCAAUGUGGACCUCGUACGGCAGCUUAGAGUGCGCGAUGCAGAGAUUGAGCAUCUUAAAGCGGAGCGAGUGGCCAAAUGA